AUGAGUAAGAGAAAUCUCACACGCGCGUACAAGAACAUUUUGUACCAGUACAAUAAUUCAAGUAGUCGUGAAACAUUUCAGAUAUAUCAGGAUGUUAAAUCUCGACAAGAAAUUUAUGAAAUCAUUAAAAAAUCAAUUGUUACAGAAGAGUCUAUUAACGAUGUACUUAACUAUUGUCUACAUUUAGAAACAAAGGAAAACAUUGGUGCCUCGAAUUAUAUGUUCAGUGCUGCUUUUACUUAUGAUGAUCCUCAACUCUCUGAUUGGGCUCAACAAUAUAUCAUAAAAAUGGCAGAAUUAUAUUCGUUCAAUUCACAUGAUAUGGCUAAUGCAGAAUCAUUUGAAUUACUGAUUACUUUCAUGAAGGGAAAUGACACUAAAUCAUUCGCAAGUAUCGUAGUAAUGUCAGCAAUCCUCGAAGAUACUAAGAGUCGAACAUUUCUCUCAGAAGAAUCUGCAAAUCAAAUUUUUGAAUUUUGUCAACGUGAUGUUGCGAACAGCGGACUUCUUUAUGCCCUCAUAGCAGACUGUGAUGAUAUACCUGUCGAAUUCUACAAGUCAGUACUUCCUUAUGCAGAACAUUUAGUUGAGUACCAUGAUACAAGUAUUUCGCUUGUUGGAAUAGAAUUCCUGAUUCAGAUCUUGAAACAUGAUGUUCCUAUCGACGAAUCUUACCUUUCUAAAGUUAUUCGAGAAUACUAUAACUGUAACGACAUGGUUAUUUAUCGUUGCCUUCUUAAAUUGUUGACAUACUUCAAGUCAUUUGAAAAUGAAUUCACCGAUUUCGUAUUGUUCUUCAUCAGUCCAGAAAUUAGUGAUUUGACUCUUUUAUCUCUUUCUGUUCUUAAAAAGUUCCAAGGACAUUGGCCAGAUGACGUCGUUCAACAUGUUGAGAACACAUUCUCCGAAAUUUUUGAUAACUUACCAUUCCGUGUUGCGGACGAAGCUUUGUCAUACUUUGCAUACGAAAAGGAAUAUCGGUCAUUAUCUACAUACAGUAUUUUCAGGAAACUUCAAGAAUUCAUGGUUCAUAGUAAUUAUGGUGAACUUUUUCUUACAAAAAUGUGCGAAAUCACCGAAGAAUCCAACGUUUCAGGCGAAUAUUGUUCAGAGAUUGCACAAUGUAUCGAAGAAAAUAUCGAAGAAUUCGCUGAAAUGUCAGAACGCGACCAAACUAUGAACGACCUUUGUGAACGAAUUAUCGAUUUUGCUUCUAACAGAACAUGA